CGAGAAAGCGGUGAAGGAGAAGUCGCUGCGAAUUUUAUCUGGAUAUUCUAAUUCUGAGCUGCCCUGAGUUUUGUCUUCAUUAGUAAUGAGGCGCGGGUGUUGUGACGGGCAUGAAGGUCUGGUGGCAUUCGUCUCUGGUCGUUAGUGCCCCCUAGUGCCAUAUUAUUGUCGCAAAGGGAGAUUCCGUCUCCAUGAGGCUUAGCGACUUUUUUUUUUUUCUUCGGCGAAUCGCAGGAAAAGGCAGUAUCUGGCAUCCAUUCAUGGUAACUCUGGCCCGCUCACAAAGACUUGCACUUAACGAAGGUGAAUGAACGAAGUUAAGGAUGGGCCAAAACAUGUGUUGCCCCAAAAAGGGGCCUCCACCUCCAAACCAUCAUGGGCAGUUCGACCACAUAGGGGGCUCUGAGUCUUGCAGGAUGAUGGAUAUGUAUGGAGGUGAUCCCAUGACAACCAGUCAGAACUAUAAUAGCAAUUCCCAUUUUGAUGGUGGCAUGCAAACCCUGGCUGCGGCCGCUCAAUUGAUGAAAGGUAAAGGGGAUGUCAACGCCUCCAUGACACCUCCAAAUGGUGGUGGAGGGAAUCCUCGGUAUUAUCCAGACCCGUCCAGAGCCAGAGCUGCUUAUAACUCGCAACAGCAUGGAGUUGAUGUAAUCCGCUCAAAUUCAGGACAAGGGUUACCUGCACAUGGUUGGGUCCAAAGCCACCAUGGGAGUCACAUACGGAUGAGAAAAGAGUCUGUUAGGUGUUCUCAUCGCUGGACGCCUAGAUCCAACACACCAGAACCAGUUACACCUUCGACACCGUCGCGGGGAGGUCGUAUUGUGGUGGCAAUGUAUUCAUUCCAGGGACGUAGUUCUGGGGAAUUAUCUUUUGAAAAAGGGGAUAGAAUGGAAAUUAUCAAUGAUGCUGAUGCUGACUGGUGGUUGGCGCGGCAUAUGACACGUGGUAUUGAUGGUUACAUACCCAAAAAUUAUGUCGCGUCAGCUUCUUCUCUAGAAUGCCAAGACUGGUACUUUGGUAAAAUAGCAAGAAAAGAAGCAGAGAAGCUCCUAAUGACAAGGGGAAACUUGAGAGGGACUUUCCUUAUCCGCAUGUCCGAACAGUCUAGUCACGGAUAUUCACUUAGUAUAAGGGACUGGGACCAAAAUAAGGGUGAACAUGUCAAACACUAUCGAAUUAAAGUAACUGAUACAGGAGGAUUCUUCAUCACCUCAUCUCAAGCUUUCCGAACACUAAAUGAUUUAGUUGAUGCCUAUAAAAAGAAUAACUAUGGUUUAGCUUGUUUACUACAAUAUCCUUGUCCACGUCCACAACCACAAAAAUGGGAUCUCUCCAGGGAAACUAAAGAUCAGUGGGAGAUAGACCGUAAUAUGCUUACUAUGACUAAAAAAUUAGGCCAGGGCUCCUUUGGUGAGGUGUGGUAUGGUAUGUGGAAUAACUCAACAGAAGUAGCCAUUAAGACACUAAAACAAGGUGCUAUGAGUCCAUCUGCAUUCCUAGAAGAAGCAAGAAUUAUGAAAAAACUAAGACAUCGAAAUAUACUAGUUCUCUAUGCUGUUUGCACAAAAGAAGAGCCUAUAUUAAUCAUCACAGAAUAUAUGUGCAAUGGGGCACUGUUAGAUCUUUUAAGGAAUGAAGGAGAACGGACACUUAAAUUAAAUGACCAAAUAUAUAUUGCCACACAGGUUGCUGCUGGUAUGGCAUAUUUAGAAAGUCAACAAUUGCUACACAGAGACCUGGCUGCCCGUAAUGUCCUUGUUGGUGAUUCGCUAUUAUGCAAAGUAGCAGAUUUUGGCCUAGCAAGAAUAGUGGAGGGUGAAGAUUAUUGCCCUAGUACCUGUAACAAAUUCCCAGUUAAAUGGACUGCUCCUGAGGCUAUGUUAUAUAGCCGUUUUACUAUUAAAUCCGAUGUGUGGUCAUUCGGUGUUCUGCUGAUGGAAGUCAUCACUUUUGGUGCUAACCCUUAUCCAGGGAUGACCAACCGAGAAGUUGCUGAACAUGUACCUAAUGGUUUUCGCAUGGGAAAGCCUCAAAAUCAUUAUUGCCCUGACGUGUACUAUGAUCUUGUGUGUAAAUGCUGGGAGACAAACCCCAAUAAUCGGCCAACAUUUCAGUAUCUCCACGAUACCUUCGCAGAUUUUGAUAAUAUUGGACCUAUUUAUGCAGAGUCAAGUGUAGCACUCUAUUAAAAUUUACUGGUUUAGGGAGUACUCACUUCAAGAUAUCAACAUUGCCUUACUUUUAUAGUGGAAAGCAGGAAUGAUAUUUGGUGUACAUACUGUAAAUGAAAAUAAUUUUUAAAAUAUGAAGAAACAAUAUUGUGUGAAUGAUGAAUGACAUUCUAUCAUUCCAGGUUAAGUGGAUAUCCAUGUCAUGUAUGAUAACAUUAAACGUACAUUAUCAAACUGGACUUAAAUUGUUGUAAGCCUGUGUGCUGUUCAAGGCAGGAAGUAUGAGAAUUAUUCUAUAGUUGGAUGCCUUCAAGCUAAGGUUUUAUAUCCAGUCAUGUUUUACCUGAGUAAAGGUCUUCAGGGGAUCAAUUUUACAACAUUCCCUGCCCAGAUGUUUGGUGCAGUAUUAAGAAGAAUUUUGUGUAAAUACUGUAUAUGGUGACAAUAGCUUUACCGUUAGAAUGCUAAAACUUCAUUGUAUUUAGUAAUGAGAAUGAAGCUGCAUUAAAGCUUACUGAGUUUUUUCAGUUUCGAAGCUGAGUGUUUAACGAAGAGUUAAUCAGUAAGGGCUUUCACAGUCAUAUAAUGUGGUAGCAAAUGUGAAUUGAUGAAACCAUUAUUCCAUCACUGAAUUAAAGGUAAAUGCAUGGUUAUAAUACAGGUUUAGAUUAAAGUUGAAGGUAAUUCAUCUUGAAACAUUACCACACACUGCUACUACACAUGGGACUUAAAGUAAAGUAAAAAUUGAUGAAUCAUAGAAACUUUUCAUAAUCAUUUCAAAACCUUUAGGCUUACAUGUUAUGUACUUUAUUGAAUUAAUAAAUACUUGGCUUUCUAUACUGUGACAUUGCAUAUUUAAAUAUCAGCAAACACAAGUAUAAUUAUGGGAUCAUAUUAAAUUAAAUACAAUGGAUAUGCUGUACACUGGAAUAUUUAUUGUAAAAAUCUUGUAGCCAUAAGUAUUGCAUUUGGAAAAGGAUUACCUUUUCUAUGUACAUUGACAGAUGAUACACUGAAUUUAAAAGUAGUUUUAGUGUUUCUACUUGAACUCAGUUUCCAUUAUUUUUCUAAGUGAUAUUCAGUGUUAAAAAGAUAUCAAAGGCUUCUUACAUAACUGAAACAUGAAGUGAUUACUCCUCAUUCCAACUGUUGUACUGUCUGUGUAAAAGUUAAUUGUAUGUUUGAUCAUAAAUAAAAGGGAAACUGAACAAAUUCAUUUGUUCUGGAGGAGGGUUGAUCAAGAUUAGUGGGCAGAAUGAAGCUUAUGUUGGGUGUAUGAAUUAAGACAAGAGGGUCAUUUAUGGCUCAAGAUCUGUAGCCUUCCUUUGAGAAGUGAACUUGAAAAAAUUCAGGAACUGCUUAUCAUUUGAUUGAUAUGUUUAAUAGCCUAUCAUUUGAAUGGUAUGCAGUUCUUUACCUACCAGUUGUAAAUAGUUUACAUAUAUCAUCAUUUGAGUACUAUGAGCAAGUUAUGAUACGAACAGUGUUCAUUUGCAAAUUGAAAAUAUACAGUGAACUAAGUGCUUUAAUGGAAUAUAUAUAAAAAAAUUGAACAGUGGGUAAUUCAGUUGUUAAAUUUGACUAGGCAUUUACCAAAGGAAUGGCCCCAUGGCAAAGAAUGAAAAAUAAUCUAGUGAUGUGUUUACACGUUAUCUCAGUUCUAGGACAGAAAUAUGUUUACAAUGUGUCCAUAAACCACUGAAGAAAACAGAUUUGUGUAUUUCUUUUCUACAUUUUUUUAAACAUUAUUAUUGUGUUGGGGAAAGUUUCCCAGGGUCCAGUUAAUCCAUGUAAGUUUAAGUGCAAGUCUUCCUUAUACCAUAUAAGUAAGACUGCAUUACUGUACUUGGUAGAGAAACAUGGUUUACCGGUAAUUUAAUUUUUUAAAUAAAUUUUGUAUAGUUCAUAUUUACAGUAAUGUACGGUACUUGUUGAAUGUCUAAUGAGGUUUUACAUGUAAUUUUUUGUAAACCUGAUGCUGUGCUAAGUAAGAGUGGAUUUUUUUUAAGUGAAGUGGUAAUGUUUCAAGGCAAACAUUUAGACCAUGGCAUUACUGCAAAUGUCAAUCCAUAUCUUGUAGGCAUGUUGAGAGGAGAUGAUACAGUACUGUGCAUCCUUUUUUGUGAGAAAAGAAUAUUGUUUACGUGGUUAAAUUCUCUCAUUGCAUUACUCUACUUUUGGAAGUCUCUAGGUAGUAUUAACUUAAGAAGGAAUCAGGGGGUCAGUGUGUGUGUCAUGUAAAUACAGUUUUCACAAACAGCGCAGAGGAAAUCAAUGAUGUCAUUUGCAUGUUUUUUUCUCUUCCCUAGACUGUAUAAUACAUUAUUUAAUAGUACUCUUAAGUCAUCAUUACCAAAGCUGUAUACAUUGAAAAUACUGUAGCCAGUUUAUAGUCACCAUGAAUGAUAACCAUUUUUAUUGUAAUAAUAAGAAUUAUAUAAUGUUAGGUAGAAAGGCUGCCAACUUGUUGGAUACUAGUGUGAAAGGACAAUAUGCAUUGAAAUUCUGUGAAGUAAGCCCCAAUUUAUGUUCUCAUAUGCCUCUGUCUCCUUAUGUUAUUUUUAGUUCUUUGUGGGUAUAAUUGGAUGGCAUGAAGCCAAAUCAAGUUGUCAAUUAUGUUGAUUCUUGGAGUUGAAAUUAGCUCAGGUUUGCUUCCCUAUGUAUAUCCUAGGUAAGUUUUCUCUCUUAGCUGAUGUUUACUGAUAGGGAGUUGAUCUUUUGAAUUUCAGAAAGGUUCUGCAUGCAGAUUUUGUGGUUCAUCAAAAGAUGACAUGAGUUGUAUUUUAGCUUUUGUUUCGUUUAGAUACUCCUCUGUUAAAUUUGAAGAUUUGGUUCUCAUUGUACCUCCAAACAUAAUUUGAUAUUUCUGUUAACCAUUUGGGAAUGUAUUUUCAAGCUGUUUAAUUGAAAUGUGUUCUUUUUCCAUUAACUAAAAGUAUCCUAAUGUGAAUUGAAGAUUUGGUUACUUUAUCAUUAGGAAUUGUGAGGAAAUUUGAUUGCUGCAUGAACAGGAAAAGUAUAGACUUUUGUUGACAAUGGUUUUAGCACUUUGGUCUCAUGCUGUAGGUAGUUCAUGUGAUCACUUGAGGUCUGUAUAGUAGCUACAUUGAUUGGUCAUAGUUGGCAUUGCAUAUGAUUUUUUACUAACAUGAUGGAUACAGUAUCAUGUCAUUUUGGUUUUGCAGGGACAUAACUUAAAAGAUACAUAUAUGAUUUCUGAAAGAUGACUGUCAUGUUUCUUAAGAUAUAUACUUAAGUGAAUGUUCAAGCUUCAUUUAAAUGUCUAUUUUUGGAAAUAAAAAAUUAAGGAAAUUUUGUCACAGUCUGCAUCAUUUUCAGUUUAACCAAUCAGGUUUUUAAAUGAUUGCAAGUUGUUAAAUGAAAUUUAAAUUCCAUUAAAUAUUAGUAAACCCUUCAGGCCAGCCUUGUUAGAGUUCAAUAUUUUGACUCUAUGGUCUGCCAUAAAUUGAAGCUAUUAUGUGUAAGUAUUUCUUGUAUUGUUGUAAUAAAGUAGUUUAACAGGACCAGCACGUCACAGUUUUAGAAUCAUAGAUAAUGUUAACUAAGUUUGAGAGCUUCAUCCCUUUGAGAGCUAAGUAUUUUAAUUCAGUGCUCUGGUUAAGCUACUUGUAAUAAGUAUAAUAACAAUGGAGUCCAUUAGGAAUGGAAGAAAAGUACAAGGCAAGAACUAAUGCAGCUGAGACCUUAAGUGUAACCACAGAGAAUAUUAGUAACAUCUACAGUGUUUGUUAGAAUGAUUGUUUUUUAUGUAGUUGAUUAUUAUGAAGACUAAUGUUUUCUGGAAUAAAUUUAAUGCAAGUGAAUUAACAGAAAAAAAUGCUAUAACUAGGAUAAUGUAAAACAGGAACAGGUAUCCACCACAGUACAUGCUUUAACAUGUGGAUGAGAUAAAAGUUUUAUUGUUCAAAAUAGUUUUGUAGCAUCAUUUAGGUAAAAUUUUAGUGUUCCAAACUUGGAAUGUUAAUAGGCAGUCCCUGCUCACUAGCGACAUUGGUUAACGGCAUUCCAGUGUUGCGGGGCUUGGUUGGUGGUGUUGUUAAUCAGAUUUUAAGCGCCGGUAAGCGGUUUAUCAGCACUUCCAGCAUCGCAAACACCAUUUAUUACCAUUGUUAUUGUGAUGUUCUGGUUAAUGACGAUUUUCGGUUAUCGUCGCUCGGUCAGGAACAGAACCCCCACAGUUAACCAGGGACUGCCUGUAAUUUAAUAAGUCCUGAGUCAAAGGUUUCAAAAUGUUUGGAAGUAUGCCUUGUGUAAUUUGAGAAGUAUAUCUAAUUUUUUUUUAUUUUAAAAAGCAGUGGAAAAUAAACUUGUGUCACAAUAACCAGGUCAUCAGUGUGAGUAAGGUUUAAAAUGUAUGAAUGUAGUAUUUUUCCUUCAUCAAAAUGUGUUGACUUAAGACAUACGGUAUCUGUGAAUCUUGUUAUUUCUAGAGAAAGUAUCUAACCAUUUCUCUGUCAUAACCCUUAUUAGUAUCUGUUUGACAGUCAGCAAUAAGGAGAUUGAUGGCAUAGAUAAACUAUUGCGAAACCAUGUAAUGAAGCUGGGAUACUAUGAUAGAAUAUGCUGUGCAGAUUUGACCAAAUAAUUCAACAGAAAAGGGCUACCACCAUGUCCCUUAUUAUAGUUUAGGUGCCAUAUUUCUACUUGCAUUGAAACAUUCUUAUGUGGUGCUACCCAAAAGGUUAUUACCAGGCUACUAUGAAUGGGUAUGAUGAACAUUUAUUUUUCAUUUAUUUUAAUAUAGAUGUUUUCAUAUGGUAAAAAUAAAAAGAAAUGCAUACUCCAAAAUAUUUGCUGUCAAGUUGAUUUAACAAAAUAUUUAAGCUACCACCUAAGAAAAUGGUGCUACAUUGGUUGUAUGGUUUCAAGUGCCAGGCAGCAUUGAUGAUAAGUGAGUGUUUGAACUUUCUUGUUUCGGUUGUUAGGAAAUUUAAUAAUGAAUAUAAAGUCUAAUUAGUGUAACCUUUCUGUUGAGAAAUCUUUUAGACAAGCUUAUGAAACUUGAAGGGUAUUGUAUUGUUUAAGGAGCAAUACUCAGUCUCUUAAGGCUCAAGUUGCUAGUUUUAUCAUGUUAGAAAGUUCAUGUUACAGAGGACAUCACAUUCAUUCUAUGUUGACACAUAUUCUGUCUUCAGUGAGUAAUACAGAUACUGUUAUGCUAUCCUGGCCUUACAACUGGAGAAUGUACUGUAUAGCCAUAUAUACAUUGAAAAGUUUUAUUUUGUAUAAUAAAAAAAUACUGCAGUCCCUGCCUGGAUGAUAUUCUGUAAUGCUAUUGGCUGUCUCUUAUGUAGCAUGCAUAAAUGGGAUGCGUUGAGAUCGUUUGGCACUUGACAGAUUUAGCUUGCUGGUUGAAAAAUUAAGGAUAAGUACUCUACAUAUAAAAGUUACAAAAAGCAUGAAUGUAUAUUCCUUAUUAAUUACUGUGACAUAAAGAAUUACUUUCUCUCACAAGCAAACCCAGAGGUUAAUAAGGUGUCAAACGACGUAAGUGCAAUGCUGGCCUUUUUCAACGCCCCUAGGUAGGUGAAGAUGUAAACUAGUCAGUUGUUCUUAUAGUCCUUAAAGUGGCUAGGUUCUUUUAUAAAUGAAAAAUUUAAUUUUUUUUUUAGAUCUGUAAGAGGUUUUGAUUAGUAUUUCUAAUGGUUUUUUUUUAUGGAUUUAUUGGUAGAUAUAGGCAUAAAUUGCUUCAGUUGUACAAUUUAGUAGUAAAAGCUUGAAGUCUAGAAAGAUGAUGUACAUAUUCAUAUCAAUACUCAUCGUCAUAUCAUACACAUUCAUCACUCAUUCCCUUUACACCUUAAAUUAGAAAACCAAUUCAUCAUGUCAUUUUACUAGACUUAGUAAAUUCUUGUUUAUAUAACCUCAUUAUGAAUUCUAAUCAAUAUAGAAAACACUAACUCUGUAUUUUGUAAGAGAAAAAUUUAAUCUUACCAAUUAUUUGAUUUUUACAUUCAGAGAUAGUGCUUUUCUGCAUAUCUUGAUCAUCAUUAUUUAAUAACAAGAUACCUCUUUAAGUUAAUUUCUAUUUGAAUUAGCAGUCUCACUUUUGUUAGUAAAGGCUCUCUUGCUUUUGUUACUGUCAUAGUACGUGAUUAAACAAACUUUUAUACUUUUUAACUUUUUUAUAAUAUAAGCAAGACAUGUUUAUACAUACAUUGAUGCUGUUGAUGUCUGUUUCAUAGUAAUUAAUACUGUAUCGAAACAAUAAAAUGUGUUCGUCUGUUGAA